AUGGGAUCGAUUUCAAGACUUUCCCGGGAAUCCCAGCAAAAUUUGUUAAACAAUUAUAGAGUGUAUGCUUCAUUUUGCGGAAAGGAUCCAACCUCAGUUACCAAUAUUUCUAACUGGAUAGAAUGUUACAACCCCUCCAACAACUCAUGGCAUAGGGUCACAUCCAUUCCAGGGCUAAUGCAAAAUCAGGUUUUGAAAGGGUUUUCAAUGGUUUCCAUUGGAGACAUGCUCUACAUCAUUGGAGGCCGGCUUUGUCUCAAGGAAACAACCAGUGAUUUCUCCAAUAUUACCGAUGAAAUCGACAUGAAAGUCCUUCCAACAGUGCUCAAAUACGAUGCUCGACGUGACUUAUGGCUGGAGUGUGCACAAAUGAUCAUGCCUAGGUUUGAUUUUGCAUGCACUGUUUGCAAAAACAAGAUUUUUGUCGCUGGAGGACAGACAACGAUUGGCAGUGCUAAAGGGAUUUCAUCAGCCGAGCUUUAUGAUCCGGCCCUCGAUGAAUGGAAAUCUUUGCCUGACAUGAGCACGUUGAGGUACAAAUGUGCAGGUGUAACAUGGCUAGAGAAAAUCCUUAUUGUUGGAGGGUUUGCUGAAAAAGGGGACAACGGUAGCCCUGGACCAUAUAUCAUGGAAAGAAGUUCAGCUGAGGUUUUUGAUUGCCAACUAGAGAAAUGGGAUUACAAGGCAAUGAUGUGGAAAUUGGACAUCCCACCAAAUCAAAUUGUAGCAGUCAAUGAAAGGCUUUUUAGCUCGGGUGACUGUUUGAAUGCAUGGAAAGGUCAUCUUGAAUUUUAUGAUGGGAAAUUGAAUAUGUGGGUUAUUGUUCGUGGAUCGAGUUUGGACAAUUUGUCUGCUCCAAUUUGUACAGAAACUGAUUGGUCACCAUUGCAAAGGCUGUUUUUGACCAUGGCUCCAAUAGGGACUUAUUUGUAUUUCUUGGCAGGCUAUAAGGUACCAGGGGAAAACUCAAGAACUAGAACUGAGGUCCAUGUUUUUGAUACAUCAGUAAAUGGAAAUGGAUGGAGAAGCUUUGAACCAGUUGAAGAAGAAGGUGAGAAGGAGCUUUGUUGCCACUCCUGUGUCCUAAAACAAGACCACUGA